AUGGAGUCACCGCCAUCGCCGCCUCCACCUCCGCCCGUCUUCAAUUAUGUCGCGGGCUUCCUCCUCGUCGGCCUGGCCUGGGGCUUGACGACCCCAUUCAUCCGUCGUGCGGCCCGCACACAUACGCCACGGCGUCAUCCCAGCCUCGAGUCGGACGACUUGGGACCUCUGACGAGGAAAGUGUACGGGGCUUGGUUCGCCGUGCUCGAUCUCCUGAGGAACCCCCGAUAUGUUAUCCCCCUAGGGCUGAACCUGACGGGGAGUCUAUGGUUCUUUCUCCUCAUCGGACAGGCUGAACUGAGUCUCACCGUGCCCAUCGUAAACACCUUGGCUUUCUUGUUCACAGUUCUCGGAGAUUGGUGGGUGGACGGAAAAGCUAUCAGUCGAGACGGUGGCAUAGGGAUGCUUCUAUCCCUCGCUGGAAUUGCUCUUUGCGUCCAAAGUAAAACUGGGUAA